AUGCGCAUCGCCCGCGCCGUGGCUGGCCCCUGCUGUUGUUCUACCUCACCGGCGCGCCCUCCACCGUGGCUCUCCGCUCCCGCGCCGGAGCUCGCGACCACUGCCGCCGCCCGCACUUGUUGCUGCCCCGGGGCCGCGGCCUCCCCGCGCCGCGCCUGGGCCGUGCACCCCGCUCACGCCCCCUGGUCGUGCUCCGGCGCCACCGCCACUACUCGCCCUCCGCCCUGCGUCGUCCGUGGCCGGCCACACGCGUGCCCGCUGCACUCACCGCGCCCGGUCCCCGUGGUGCCGCACCUCCGUCUGCCUCUCUAUUGUGCCCGCACCAGCGCGCCAUCGCGGCCUUCUCCCGCUCGCACUUGCUGCCAUGGCCGCACGCGCCCUGCGCCGCGCGUGCCUGCCCCCGACGCCCCUGCUCGUCGGCGCCCUACUUCGGCCGCGGCCACGCCUCUGCGCGUGUGCUCGCAUGCCCAUCCCCGGGUGGCUCGGUUGAGCCACUGA